GAAAGCCAUCACCUAUAUAAGUAAAACCUCCUCCACUCACUUCAUCUCACAAAACAUUGGGUUUGUCUUGUCCCUUCAGUACAUUCCAUUCGUUAAAAGACUCCAUAUUUCCCUUUGGAGCCAGGGCACGUACGUACAGAAACCAUCACACAUUAAUCGGCCAGCCAUGGCUUUCUUAUCCAAGCUGCCCUUGGUUCUUUUCGUCUCUUCUCUCUUCCUCCAUGCUGCAAUAGCUGAGCUUGUUUGCGAGAAUUUGCCAAACAAUGUUUGUGCAUUUUCAAUAUCAUCAUCGGGCAAAAGGUGUUUGCUGGAGACGUCUGUGGCUGGUGAUCAUGGAAAGGUGGAGUACCAAUGCAAGACAUCAGAAGUGUUGGUUAACGGCAUCACUGAAUACAUUGAGACCGAUAAAUGUGUUGAAGCGUGUGGGGUUGAUAGGAACACUAUUGGAAUCUCAUCGGAUGCCCUUCUUGAUCCAAAAGCCACUGCCAAGCUUUGCUCUCCUUAUUGUUACCAAAUGUGCCCCAACAUUGUCGAUCUUUAUUUCAAUUUGGCUGCCGGGGAGGGAGGAUAUUUGCCGGACCUAUGUGAGAAACAACUCGCCAAUCCUCACCGUUCCAUGAGCGAGCUUUUGGGUUCUGGUGUGGCCCCUGGCCCUAUUUCUGGCUCUCCAUCUCGAAAAUUAUACGAGACUGAGCUUUUGGGUUCUGGUGUGGCCCCUGGCCCUGGCCCUAUUUCUGGCUCUCCAUCUGAUGUGGCCCCUACCCCUGGCCCUAUUUCCGGCUCUCCAUCUCGAAAAUUAUACGAGAUCGAGCUUUUGGGUUCUGGUGUGGCCCCUGCCCCUGGCCCUAUUUCCGACUCUCCAUCUCGAAAAUUAUACGAGACUGUUCCAUUCUACGUUUCUGGAGCUGCAGCUCCCCAGUAA